AUGCCGUUCGGCGACGUCGUUGUCCGGGCGCCCAAGGGCCCCGUCAGGCUGCACUACAUCGACGCCAGCCCGACUGGCAAUGUUGCCGCCCCAGCGCAGGUGGUUGUGCUGUCACACGGCCUGCUCCUGCCGGCCACCAAGUUGUACCCUGCCUCGGGAAUCGCCGACGCGGAUUGUUUGGCGUUUUUCUGGCGCGACCAGAUCCCCGAGCUGUGCCGCGCGGGCUUCCGGUGCAUCGCGUACGACCACCGCGGCCAGGGAACUUCGGAGCGGUCAGAAGACUGCGACCUGGACAUCCUCGCUGACGAUGCAAUCGGGCUAAUCCAGCAGCUGUGUCCCGGCACGCGGGUGCACUUCGUCGGACACAGCAUGGGCGGCUUCGUUGGGCUGCGCGUCGCCGUCAAGCGGCCCGACCUCGUGCAGUCCCUCGCGCUCAUCAACUCCUCCGCCUCCGAGGACCCGAAUCGGCACUUCUAUGCUGUUCUCGGGAGACUCUCGACCUGGUACUGGCCGUUCCCGGGCCUCGUUGCGUCGUACACGGUCAGGCGCAUCCUGGGCACUAGCUCCCGCGCAGACACGCGCCAGGCCGAGCUGGUCCGAGAGCUCGUGGACCACAUCGGCCAAGUGCAGCGCUACAGUGGGGUCAUGUCGAUCACGCCCGCGGCGCAGGCGGUCUUCUUCCGCAAGGCCGUACCCCCGACGGACCUCGCCAGGAUCGCGUGCCCCACGCUCAUCCUGGUGCGCACAACAGCCACAGUAUGA